AUGGCCUUCCAAUCCGACUGCCUCCCAUUCCUCAACACUUUAUUCUUCAUGGACCGAGCCAACGUGAUCGCCUCGCUCGUCACAAUCAUUGUAACUUAUGCGAUGGGAAAUCGCGUGGCCGAGCAAUGGUUCGUCGCCAACUGGAUCCACGAGCAUCCCGGAAAAGUGCUCGUGAAAAUGGCGAGGAAAGUGAUGAUGUGCACGUUGUUGACUGCUGGACUCGCCGCUCUCGCGCUGACUACACUGCCGCUCGAUCCGAACGUGAGUUGUUUUCUUGCAUAGCCUAGAAUGCCGUGGACCAAGUCAAAAUCACUUGGUACUUGAAGUCCAACUGCCAAGCGCUACAAUAAAGUCUCGGAAAACGCGCAAAUCUCGCGGAUUUUGCAGUCCAAAAUCGGCAGAAAUUUGCGCGUGAAUCCGGGGUGCGCACAGCUGAACGAGUGUUACCGUACACCAUAAAACUACGGUAUUUUUUUGAAAAAUUUACCCAAGAAAUUUGAAAAAAAUUUCAAAUAUUCUCGAGAAAUUUAAUUUUUUCAAAAAAAUACCGUUGAAAAAUUUACCCAAGAAAUUUGAAAAAAAUUUCAAAUAUUCUCGAGAAAUUUAAUUUUUUUCAAAAAAAUACCGUUGAAAAAUUUACCCAAGAAAUUUGAAAAUUUUUCAAAUAUUGUCGAGAAAUUUAAAUUUAAAAAAAUACCGUUGAAAAAUUUUUCCCAAGAAAUUGGAAAAAAAUUUCAAAUAUUUUCGAGAAAUUUAAUUUUUUCAAAAAAAUACCGUUGAAAAAUUUACCCAAGAAAUUUGAAAAUUUAAAAAAAUAUUCUCGAGAAAUUUAAUUUUUCAAAAAAAUACCGUAGUUUUUAUGGUGUCAGGUAACACUCGUUCAGCUGUGCGCACCCCGGGUUUCCCGCAAAUUUCUGCCGACUUUGGACUGAAAAAUCCGCGAGAUUUGCGGGUUUUCCGAGACUUUGGAAGCGGCAACCAACAAUACAAUACUCGUUUUUCAGUGCGAAAAGUUCUCCGCAUUCUUCCUCAUCUGCCUGCUGUUCCUGCCGAUUCCCGCACUGCCGUUCGCCGUCAAGGCCUGGAAAGUGUGCCGCCCGAUGCACACCCUCCACCCGCUCUCGCUAUUGUCCGUCUUCCUCUCCAAACUGAUCUCCUUCUGCCUCAUCCUCCAACUCAACCCCCUAUACUCCACUAUUCCGGCCUUCUCGAUACUGUUCCUUUUCUUCUCGCACGCAUUCUUCUUCGCCGUCUUCUGGACCGCCGGCGCCUACGAGAUCAGCCAUCGCGACGUGAACGGUCGAUGGAAACGCAGUAUUUAUGUGAAAAAUGACUUUUGA